GGAGCGUCUGUAGGCAGAGUCAAGGACUGUACCAAUACUUAUUCAAGAAGUUGUGAAUAGGAAUUAGCGAACAUGGUGUCUAUUUUGGAUGCUUUAUGGGAAGACCGAGAUGUCCGAUUUGACAUCUCGCCUCAGCAAAUGAAAAUGAGACCAGGAGAAGUUUGUAUUGAUUGUUUAGAUUCUAUUGAAGACACAAAGGGAAACAAUGGUGACAGAGGUAAACUACUGGUGACUAAUUUACGAAUAAUUUGGCAUUCCCUGGCACUUCCUAGAGUUAACCUUUCUGUUGGCUACAACUGCAUUAUAAACAUUACAACCAGGACUGCAAAUUCAAAACUUCGAGGGCAAACUGAAGCUCUGUAUAUUUUGACAAAGUGUAAUAAUACAAGAUUUGAGUUUAUAUUCACAAAUAUUGUUCCUGGAAGCCCUAGACUCUUCACUUCUGUCAUUGCAGUACACAGAGCAUAUGAAACAUCCAAGAUGUACCGGGAUCUCAAAUUAAGAGGAGCGUUGAUUCAAAAUAAGCAGUUACGGCUAUUGCCUCAGGAGCAAGUCUAUGACAAAAUCAAUGGAGUAUGGAAUUUAUCCAGUGAUCAGGGGAAUUUGGGAACCUUUUUUAUUACCAAUGUGAGAAUAGUAUGGCAUGCAAACAUGAAUGACAGCUUCAAUGUCAGCAUACCAUAUUUACAAAUCCGCUCAAUAAAGAUCAGGGACUCCAAGUUUGGUUUGGCACUUGUUAUAGAAAGCUCUCAGCAGAGUGGUGGCUAUGUACUAGGCUUCAAGAUAGACCCCAUGGAAAAAUUGCAAGAGGCUGUAAAGGAAAUCAAUUCAUUACAUAGAGUGUACUCAUCCAGCCCUAUAUUUGGAGUGGAUUACGAAAUGGAGGAAAAGCCUCAGCCUCUUGAAGAGCUAACAAUUGAGCAAGUUCUGGAUGAUGUGGAAAUAGAACCUGAUGAACAGACAGAUGCAUAUGCUGCUUAUUUUGCAGAUGGGAAUAAGCAACAAGAUCGUGAACCAGUGUUUUCAGAAGAAUUGGGACUUGCAGUCGAAAAACUGAAAGAAGGAUUCACUCUUCAAGGACUUUGGGAAGUGAUGGGUUGAAUGUGCUGUAAAUUUUCUUCUGUAGAUUAAAUUGUCAGAUGAUAGUUAAAUUGUGAAAUCCUGAUUAAGUCCUGUUAAAGGAGAGCUGUAUUAAGCUGAUCCUCUGUAUAGCAAUUUACUAAAACCACUCUGCUGAUGAUUAGGUUGGAAUAGCCUUUAUCUGUUUGAGUGUUUCUACGUACACUCUUUUAGUCAACAGUAUUGUGAAUUCGUAUAAAUAUGAUGGAUGAUAUCUUGAGUCACUGAAUUCUGUAUAGGAAAAAAAAAGAAUUGUGAAAACUA